UGGAAUUUUGGUUUGUGGUGAUUACCAAUUAAUCAGAAUGAAUUGAAUUUAAUCGCGGAGUGUGAAUCGGAAAAUAAAAUGGAGAUAACAGUGGAGAGCCUGCCGCUGCUAGGGAUCUGUAACCUGUGUUUGAACGAAGGAGCUGUGAAGAGUAUGCUCGGUAGCAGUUCGACUGAUGUUCCGUCCUAUGCAAAUAUAUUGUUAAAAUGUUUCAGCAUAGAUAUAAGCCUCAUGGAGCUGGGAGACACAAAGCAACUGGUGUGCGACCCGUGCGCCACUCGGCUACUAGACAGCAUGGCGUUCAAGGACCAGGCGCUGCACUCCCUACACAGCCUCGAGGAGUCCGCUAAGAUGUUCAAUGUGAAGAGGGAGAGCGUAGACUUCAACGAUGAUGCUGGCGAGGCCGGCAGCCCCGCGGACUUUGAUGGUGACCCUGAUGAUACUGAUGAUGAUGACAAAGCAUUAUCAGUCAUCGUCAAAAAGGAGCCCACCACAGAAGUCUUCAAACCACGUAAAACCCGAAAAAAAUUCAUCACCAUAUCCAUAAAGAAAUCUAAAGACUACAAAGAUAUCGCUGAUACCGAAACUAUGCUCGCACAAGGACUCUUCCCGUUCAAGAUACGUCAGAACAGGCUCUUCGCUUGUGCCAUAUGCCCAGAAACUUUACCCAAACUGGAAGACUUGAAAAAACAUAUAACGCAACAUAAUAAGAAGAAUAUACAUAUAGCGUUCAAGAAAAUGAUGUUUUCAAAAUCACAGAGGUUCUAUAAAAGUGGGACGCACUUACGAUGCAAAAUAUGUACCACAGACUUAAGUAAUUUCGAAGAAUUGAACGCUCAUGUUGAGAAUUGUACUCGGCUUAAAUUUACAAAUGGUAAAUGGAGUAAUUUACCUUUUAAACUAGAGAAAGAUCAACUAGACUGCCCGGUUUGUAAAAAGACUUUCCUUAAUUUUGUAAGUUUAAACACUCACAUGAACAUACACUACCCGAAUUAUAUCUGUGAGAAUUGUGGUAAAGCGUUCGCUUCGAAGGCUAGAUUAAGAGGACAUAUGAGAACUCAUGAAGUCGGUGAGUUCCCUUGUAAAUACUGUGAUGCAGUCUUCGAUAGAGUUACUAAGAGAGAGAAUCAUGUAUCGAAAGAACAUAAAGCAGGAGUGCGGUACGCUUGUAAGCGCUGCAAUAUAUCAUUAACAUCGUUCUACGCUCGACAGAAACAUCUCGCUGAAAUUCACAACGAAGAGCUAAAGCGAUACAAAUGCAAAGCCUGUCCGCAGAGUUAUAUCACACCGGGGCACUUAUCGAGUCAUGUCCGGAGAGAUCAUUUGAACGAACGGAACCAUAAGUGUGAUAAGUGCGACUUAGCUUUUUAUACUAAGAACGCUUUGAAGAUGCAUAUGAUUAAGCAUGACGGUGAAAGAAUCCAUGUUUGUCAUAUCUGUCAGAAGUCUUAUCAGAGGAAGAAAACACUUCGCGAGCAUAUGAGGAUACAUACGAAUGAUAAGAGGUUUAUUUGUCCGGUGUGUGGAAGAGCCUUUACGCAGAAAUGUACGCUGAAGGGGCAUUUGAAAGUGCACGAGAGAAAGGUGGAUUUAGACGAGAAGGUUCCAGUGCAGCCUUUGCAUUCUAUUUAACCCUUUAAUGCAUAGAGAUAGUACACUGUGUUUUUAUUGAAUUCCGUUAACUAUAAGGGAAGGUUUUUUUGAUCAAAUACAAUUAAUUUCUCUAAAAAACUAGCGUCUUAACUGUUACGGUUAU